UUUUAAUGGGAAAAAAUGGGCAGCGGCAGGGAUGGGGGAAUUAUUUUUUUCACACAAACUGAGUCAGUAAGUCGCCCCACCACCCGUUCGCACACGAAGUCCUCGUCCGCUCCUCGUUUGAGUUGGAAAUAUCGUGCAGCCAGCCAGCAGCUCUUCCUCGCUCUCUUUUUUUUACUCCACUUUUUUAAACUAAUUCUAGACCACGGGGAUUUUGUAUUAAAUAAAAAAAGACCCUCACACGCACACAAAAAAAUGCCCGCAACCCAGCAAACGAAUGGUCACGGGGACGCCUCCCCGGUCACCACGAACGGUCACUCCGCCACUGCAGCUGCGGAAAUUAACUUGGGUGAUGGGGAAACGUUUCUAUUUACGAGCGAGUCCGUGGGGGAGGGGCACCCGGACAAAAUGUGCGACCAAAUCUCUGACGCCAUUUUGGACGCUCACCUCCGCCAGGACCCGGACGCGAAGGUCGCCUGUGAAACGGUGACAAAGACGGGGAUGGUGCUGAUCUGCGGAGAAAUCACGUCCAACGCGAUUGUGGAUUACCAGCGGGUCGUCAGGGAAACGGUGAAGCACAUUGGUUACGAUGACUCCUCAAAAGGGUUCGACUAUAAAACAUGCAAUAUCCUGAUUGCUCUGGAGCAACAAUCCUCGGACAUCGCGGCCGGAGUCCACGUCGACAGAGAUCCCGACAAUGUGGGGGCGGGGGAUCAAGGAAUAAUGUUUGGCUACGCGACGGACGAGACGGCCGAGUGCAUGCCGCUCACCGUCGUCCUCGCCCAUCAGCUCAACGCGAAAUUGAGCGAGUUGAGGAGAAAUGGGGUUUUUUGGUGGGGGAGGCCCGAUACCAAGACGCAGGUAACCAUCGAGUACCGCCUGGAGGACGGGGCCUGCAUCCCGCUCCGCGUCCACUCGAUCGUCGUGUCGACCCAGCACUCGGACAAAAUCUCCCUCGAAGAAUUACGCAAAGAAGUCGAGGAAAAAGUUAUUCGCGCCGUGAUUCCAGCCAAAUAUCUGAAUGACGAGACCAUUUUUCACAUUAAUCCAUGCGGGAAUUUCGUCAUCGGGGGGCCCAUGGGCGACGCCGGUCUCACGGGCCGCAAGAUAAUCGUCGACACGUACGGCGGCUGGGGCGCUCACGGCGGAGGCGCUUUUAGCGGCAAAGACUUUACAAAAGUGGAUCGCUCCGCGGCCUAUGCAGCGCGCUGGGUCGCGAAAUCUUUGGUCGCUGGGGGGGUGUGCCGAAGGUGUUUGGUGCAGGUCAGCUACGCCAUUGGGGUCGCUGAACCCUUGUCAAUCACCGUGUUUGACUACGGGACGAGUGGGGGCAAAACCCAGUCGGAACUACUGAAAAUCGUCAAGGACAACUUUGACUUGAGGCCGGGGAAGAUCGUCAAGGACCUCAACCUGCGGCACCCGAUCUACCAGUCGACCUCCUCGUACGGCCACUUUGGUCGUUCCCUGUUCACCUGGGAACAGCCCAAACCGUUGGUCCUGACAACCAAAAAACUUUGAUUUUUUCUAGGUUGCUAUGGUUUUAUUUUUUUCUGUGUUGGGUGCUUUUCUUUCAUCAUCAUUCUAUUAUUGGAAAUAAAAAUGGGCGCAAUUUAUUAUUCAACAA